ACGUGACAAAAAGAAAGAGGAAAAAAUAUUAAUGUAUUUGUUUAAUGUGUAAUGCCUACAGGCCUGUUUCCAUCUAUGUGAUAAUUAGAAAGACAACCUUCAUCUUCUUUUAGAUAGACCAACAAAAUGUAUGAUGGAGAAGAAAGUUUACCAUUACCAACUUGGAAAACAUAUUUAUAUACUCUACAGCAACAAGCUCCUAAACCACAUCGAAUCAUCUGCCAAAGAGAGAUUCCAAAUAGACCACUCUAUUAUGGAAAAGAAUUCCAUGGUAAUUUAAGUCGUGAUGAAGCUGAUAGAUUAUUAAGUCAGGGAGAUGGGUGUUAUCUAGUCAGAAAGAGUGAACGUGCACCAGAUACAUUUACUCUUGCUAUCAGGUUCAAUGGUGAAACAAAGAAUUUUAGAUUGUAUUAUAAUGAAAAAGAUCAGAAACAUUUUGUUGGGACAAAAUUCUUUGAUACAAUCCAUGAUCUGGUGGAAGAUGGUUUGAUUCAUUAUUAUAUAGAGGCCAAUGCAGCAGACUAUAUAUCAGCAUUACCUAAAGAAUCUAAUUAUGAAGAAUCUCCUUACUUAGCUUAUAGUGCCAAACGUAAAAGACUUGUUAAUCACAGAUCAAGACCAGCCUCAUCUAGAAGACUGGAUUAUCCAGACAGUGGUCAACUUACAUCCCAUAAUGAUAUUCCGGAUACGGUAGCAGAAGAAACAGAGAAUUUAGAUAUAUCUGAAUAUGACAUACCUACAGAUUGGAAAGAUAUUGAGAAACCACAUUGUUUUAAGGUUCAAAAUUUUAUGGGUUUACAUUGGUGUGAUUAUUGUGCCAAUUUUAUGUGGGGUUUAAUAGCACAAGGUGUCAAGUGUCAAGAUUGUGGUUUUAGUGCCCAUAAGAAAUGUUCAGAAGCUGUACCUAAUGAUUGUAUGCCAGAUAUGAAAUAUGUCAAACGUAUAUUUGGAGGUGAUUUAACAACAGUAGUUAAAGCUCAGAAAUCACCAGUACCUGUGAUAGUAGAAAAAUGUGUCAAAGAAAUAGAAUCGCGAGGUUUUGAAUCAGAAGGUUUAUAUAGAAUAGCAGGUUUUCAUGAUGAUGUAGAAGCUGUUAGAAUGGCUUUUGACAAAGAUGGUGAAAAUGCUGAUAUUGGCCCAAGUAAAUAUGAAGAUAUUAAUACAAUUACUAGUGCUCUCAAGUUAUAUUUCCGGUUAUUACCUAUACCUUUAAUAACAUUUGAUGUUUAUAAACUACUUAUAGAUGUUAUUAAAAAUGAAGAUCAGUUAUCUCAGUUGAAGUUAAUUAAAGAAGCAAUAUCUCGACUACCUCCAGCUCAUUAUCAAACAUUAAAAUAUCUUGGAGCUCAUCUUUUAAGAGUAAAAGACCACUGUAAAAAGACAUUAAUGAGUGUUGAAAAUCUUUCAAUCGUGUUUGCACCAACUUUAAUGCGGCCAAUCGAAACUGACCCUAUGGUUAGUCUAAUGUCAGUUAAAUAUGAACAGAAAGUUAUUGAAUAUAUUUUAGUUCAUUUCAGAGAAAUCUUAGGUAAAUGAGGCUUAAUAAAUCAACAAAACAUAAUUUAUUGAAAUAUUUUAAUAUUGUUAAUUAUUAUUCCUAGAGCUAAUUAAGUGUGGGAUUAGACUAUGGAUUGCAAUUUUGGGAAUGUUUUUG